GUGUGGACGUCUAUGUAAGUGUGAGAGCAUCAUGGUGGCGUUUAAAGGAGUCUGGACUCAGCCCUUCUGGAAGGCCGUUUCGGCAGAAUUUUUGGCCAUGCUCAUUUUUGUCCUCCUCAGCCUUGGUUCCACAAUCAACUGGGGUGGAGCAGAGAAGCCCUUGCCUGUCGACAUGGUCCUUAUCUCCCUCUGCUUUGGACUCAGCAUUGCAACCAUGGUGCAGUGCUUUGGACACAUCAGUGGAGGCCACAUUAACCCUGCUGUGACCGUGGCAAUGGUUUGCACGAAGAAGAUCAGCCUCGCCAAGUCAGUCUUCUACAUUCUUGCCCAGUGCCUGGGAGCCAUCGUGGGCGCAGGCAUCCUUUAUCUCGUCACACCGCCAAGCGUGGUAGGAGGCCUGGGAGUCACUGCGGUACACAGGGAUCUUUCCGCUGGCCAUGGACUCCUGGUGGAGCUGAUAAUUACAUUUCAGCUGGUUUUUACUAUUUUUGCCAGCUGUGAUUCAAAACGAAGUGAUGUCACUGGUUCAGUAGCUUUAGCAAUUGGAUUUUCUGUUGCAAUUGGACACUUAUUUGCUAUCAAUUACACCGGUGCCAGUAUGAACCCGGCUCGAUCAUUUGGACCUGCCGUCAUUAUGGGGAGAUGGGAAAACCAAUGGGUAUAUUGGGUGGGACCAAUAAUAGGAGCAGUCCUUGCUGGUGCUCUUUAUGAAUAUGUCUAUUGCCCAGACGUUGAACUCAAGCGCCGUUUUAAAGAUGUCUUCAGUAAGGCUACCCAGCCGUCCAAAGGGAAGUACGUCGAGGUGGACGAUAACAGGAGCCAUGUAGAGACCGAUGACCUGAUCCUGAAGCCUGGCAUAGUUCAUGUGAUUGAUAUCGACCGGGGUGAGGACAAGAAGGGAAGAGAUCCAUCCAGUGAGGUGUUGUCUUCUGUAUGACUAGCAAGAAGCACUGAAAGCAGAGAGCAGCCUGCUAGCACGUCCACAGAUAUCCUUCCACCUAUUAAAGAAACAGAUCUCCUCUAGACUGAGCAUCUACCAUUUCUUAGAAGGUAUGGUGUGGGCAGCUGCAUGGUAGCAGUGUCACCGAACCAUACGCCUGCUCAGUUGGAAGAUUAGGACUUUGCUAUAAUUAGGAUUCCCCAUCUACUAUUCCAAAUUAAGAGUUGUGCCUAGUAUUCUCCUUUCCUUCUUUCUGGAACAACCCCAAAGUAAAAAAAAAAAAAAAAAAAGAGAUUAAAGCAUUCUCCUUUAAUAAAUCAGUCAAUAAUGAGGUAAAAAUAGAGAUGUUUAACAUUCAUAUUGACAGUUAAGACUUAUCAGGAAAUGCCUAUAGACAUGAAGACCUACUUAUCAGAUUGUUCUUCUGACACUUAAUUGGCUGUUGUCAGCUCAGAUUAGAACAGCCUAUCCAUUAAGCUUUCUCUGAGAGGUUCAGGGACAGCACCAACAGUAUUUAAGAGUUUUAUCCACAGUCAAGCAAAGGAGUAUUGUUUUCACUCAUGUACAUCACUAUUGCCUUGCAAACUACCUCUGAAAAAAUAAUUUAAUGCGUUUAAAAAAAAAUAAAAUUCUAUCGACCCAUCAGAUUUCACUCAUGUGAUUUGCAGUAUAACUAUAUUACCUUCAUCCCUUCCUGAGAGUAAAUACGCUCAAAUUGAAUCUCGAAGCCUACUGUAAUAAGGCUGCAAAGCAUUUGACUGUACUUCAUGCUCCCUCUUGUCAUCGUCUAUCUAGUGAAACAUUCUCCUGGGGUUUGACUAUUGACCAUUUAGUGUUAGCAGACUCUCAAGGUCAUGCAAAGAAUAAAAAAGGCUUUCCUGUUACUUAAUAACUCAAAUAAGAGAUAUCAGAAGAAAAGAAGGCAUAUCUGUUUUCAGUGCACUUGUUCAAAUACAUAUUUCUGUGCCAAUUUAUGUAAACUAAAGGUUUGAAUUACUUACCUACUUUCUUACA